AUGGAGAAGGGGAAGCAAGUAACGGGAAAUGAAGUUUCGGGUGAGAAGGCAAUGAAGUUGAAUCUAUACGCCGUCGAGCCUUAUUGUUCUGGUGAAGGUUUGCCUUAUGCUCCUGUAGAUUGGCCGAAUCCCGGCGAUACUUGGUAUUGGUGGGUCGGCAAGAGGACCAAUUCGUCUGGUUUCUAUAUAGACAGGCGCUUAUAUCUUCCAAAGCGCCUCCGCUGCCAGGGCUGUAAUCCUCGCUUUGGGAGCAAGUCUUUGCUUGAACACUACUUCUCUUUGCAGUUUCCGAACGCAGAUGUCAAUGAGUUCUUUGCUUCUUUUAGCUGGAUGGUUCCUUCUACGAGGCAUUACUCGAGCGAAGAACACCAAGUAUGUGGAGUUUCAAAAUACUUCAAGGACCCUGAUACUUCCGUAAGGGAUUUGGGUCAAGUACCACUGAAUGAAAUUGCAUCUAAGCAGAGAGAAGAAGCCUCCAGUAAUUCCAAGAGGAGGAAAAAGGGGAGACCAGCUUUGUCACAAGCCUUCCCUAGGCGCAGAACCCGACAAUGUUACAAAAUACCUGCUCAAGCCGACAUUAGUAAUGACGAGUCUGUAAUUGACUUGAGUUCCCUGGAGGACGAUAGCACAAGUGAUGGAAGUGGAUAUUCAAAAUGUGGCACUGAGUCGCAAAUUGAUCUUGAAGACGACGUUCCUGACCAAAGUAUCAGUUCUAGCAUCUGUGCAACCAAUGCUUCUGAGGCAGAAGAUGUGCAAAAAAUUGAGGAACUUCAUGCUCAAUUUUGUGAAGAAGAUGUUGAUGACUGUCUAAAGUCUUUGGAACAUGUUCUUUCUCAGCACAAUGAUGAAGCUCAGGUGCGGACUCCUUUCACUUACAUAGGUUCUGAUAUGGCAGAGGACAUGUCUACUCAUCGCAGGAAGCUUUCUUCCAUUCUUGCCCUGGAUCUCUCAUUCUUGCUGUCCUCAAAGUAUUUGGAAGAGAUUACUUAUUUGGUUGAGAAGCUCGGGGCUGAUCCCAUCUUGACUGUCGAUCAAUUGCUCAAGUUGAAGUUGGUCGAAGAAAUCCCCAAAGCAGGCGAGGUUUUUCUACACACUAUGGGAAUUGCUGAGCAGGCUAACAAAUUUUUCGGAGAUCUUCGGGCCAUGAAGGAAAAAGUUUCUUCUAUCAAGAGGGAGUUCAGUGAGCUGAAGAAGGGAGCAGGAGAAUUGCAGUCUCAGAUAGAUUUCAAGUCAUCUCUUGUGCAAGAAAUAGAUGAACAAAUUAUGCAGCUUCAGUCUAGGAAAGCCGAACUUGCUCGUCACCUUGAGUCGAAGAGCGAGGCGAAAGAUCAGGUGGUCACUGAGCAGAAAAUCAUGGCGAACUCUAUAUCAGCAGUUGUGCGAGAGAUCGAGACUGCCAGUGCUGAAAUCCCACUAUGGGAAAUGAAGAAGAAAACUGCCGGAAAGCGAAUGGCUGAGCUUGUUGCCAGGUAUGCGCCUCUCAAAGGUUACUCCUUUGAGAAAUCAGGGUGA